CUUUAAUUUCUUCCUGGAGGUGUUAAUAAAUGCUCAAGAUGAUUCCAAUAAUCUGCCUGGCGAUGCUGCUUCCAGAAGUGGCUCACUCGGCUCAGGGUCACUUUGCCCACAAGCUUCUGAAUGAUUUGAUGGAGAACUAUUCCAGCGCUCUGCGGCCUGUCGAGGACACCGACAGAGCCCUCAACGUCACCCUUCAGAUCACCCUCUCUCAGAUCAAAGACAUGGAUGAGAGGAACCAGGUGCUGAUUGCCUACUUGUGGAUCAGGCAGACGUGGCAUGAUGCUUACUUGAAGUGGGAUAAAGAGGAGUAUGACGGACUGGAGGUGAUUCACAUCCCCAGCAGCCUUGUGUGGAGGCCCGACCUCGUCCUCUAUAACAAAGCUGACGAUGACUUCUCAGGGCCAAUGGACACCAACGUGAGGCUGCGCUACAAUGGAGAGAUAACCUGGGAUGCUCCUGCCAUCACCAAGAGCUCCUGUGUGGUCGACGUCUCCUACUUCCCCUUUGACAGCCAGGAAUGUAACCUGACUUUUGGUUCCUGGACCUACAAUGGCAACCAGGUAGACAUCAUUAUGGGAAUGGACAGCGGUGACCUGUCAGACUUUGUGGAAAAUGUGGAGUGGGAGUGCCACGGGAUGCCGGCCACCAAGAACGUCAUCAUGUACGGCUGUUGCUCUGACCCGUACCCCGACAUCACCUAUACGGUGCUCCUGCAGCGCCGCUCCUCCUUUUACAUCUUCAACCUCCUCCUCCCCUGCUUCCUCAUCUCCUUCUUGGCUCCUCUUGGUUUCUACCUGCCUGCAGACUCAGGGGAGAAGGUUUCUCUCGGAGUGACCGUUCUUCUGGCUCUCACUGUGUUCCAGCUGAUGGUGGCUGAGAGUAUGCCUCCAUCCGAGAGUGUGCCCCUUAUAGGGAAGUACUAUAUUGCUACUAUGACCAUGGUCACAGCCUCCACAUCUCUCACCAUCUUCAUCAUGAACAUCCACUUCUGUGGUGCAGAGGCCAAACCAGUCCCCCACUGGGCAAAAGUCCUCAUCAUUGACUACAUGUCCAAGAUUUUCUUUGUUUAUGAGGUGGGUGAGAACUGUGCCUCUGCCUCCUCCUCUUCCUCAUCCUCUCACUUCCCCCAGGAUGACAGCCAUAACCAGCACCUCACUUCCCAUAUUCAUGCAAAUGGUAAACCAGCCAGCAGCAGUAGCCGGCAGGAGUGGCAGGGUCGCAAAUACUCCCGACCUCAGACCCCCAAACCGCAGCACCAUCCGAGAGUGAAAGCCCAGCACCACAUCACCAGGGAUGAGAGGAGCCACUUCUCCAGCUUUGCUCCUGGAAAAUAUGAAAGCUCGAAUGGGAAAAUCCCAACAGGUGACUGCUGUAAAGAAGAUCAGAAAGUUCCCUGUUACCCUGUAGACCAGAAGCUUCCCUGCUGCCCCGAAGACAAAAAGCCUCUGCUUCAUGGCCCCACUGUUACCUUCGGCCCCUGUGUGUUCUGCAGCCAUGCUAGUGGCUUCCCCGGUGUAGACACCAAGCUGGUGCGCAAUGUUGAAUAUAUCGCCAACUGUUUCCGAGAGCAGAGGGCCACGUGCGCCAAAGGAGCAGAAUGGAAGAAGAUCGCAAAGGUGAUGGACAGAUUUUUCAUGUGGAUCUUUUUCAUCAUGGUCUUCCUCAUGAGCAUCCUCAUCAUUGGAAAGAAGCCAUGAUAGUACUACUAUUUUUUUUUUUAUAUUUGAGUCAGUGAAAUCUUUUUGGUCAAAUAAAAAAGUCAAAGGGACUUUUUAGUUUUUUUUUUAGUUUUUAUUUAAACAAACAUGUAUGUUAAGAUUUACGGACUUUGUGGAUUUUUCUUUAUUAAAGGGAUAGUUUGGAUUUUUUUAAGUGGGGCUGAAUGAGGUUCUCAUCCAUAGUCAGUGUAUUACUACUAGUGAUGUAGUACUCAAGAUUGGUCUUCAUAUGGAGACAGUCUCAUCUCGGAUUUGGACGCAUCUUGACUCGGUCUUGUCUCGGUCUCAGACAUAGCGGACUCUGGAUUUUUAAUCAAGACCGGUUGAGACCACAAUGGAUUUAUUUGUUAACAUAAUUACUGUUGUUGGAUCCAAAAAUUUCUUCUUCACAUCCAGCCAAUCACAUUUCAUUUGUAGUUUGCUUUUUUGUCACUGAUUACGGCUUCAAGCCUUCAUAGAAAUCAAUUGCUUUUGACUCAGUCUUGGCCCCUUAAAGGCUUGAUCUUCUUCUUGAUCUUCUUUCUUGGAACAUGCUGGUCUCGGUCAAGUCUUGGUCUCAGUUAGUGUGGUCUUGACUGCAACACAAAGUACUUAAGAUUGCAGUUUGGAGCGGUGUGCUGCUUUGUAUGGGUGCAGCAGAAAAACAUACUUUAGCUACCUAAAGAAAAAAGAAUAUGCUGAUUGCCAUCUAUUGUAUGUAAUGCCAUGACUAUGGUACAACCCACCUGAAAAAAAUCUAAACCAUCCAUGUUAAUAAGAACAUUAUGGAUUACAGUGAUUUGAAAAUAAACACAUUUUAAUUUGC